AUGACGAAAAAAAGGGUUCAUUCUCCUCCAUUCCGGUUACCCAGCAACAAGAUUGUGUUUGAAAACGUUUACUGCAAUGGGUUUCACGCUCUGAAGCAGUUCGAAAUAGAGAAUUUGACUCCCCAAACAAUCGUGAUAGGACUCGACUCAACCUUAAAAGACCAAAUCGCAUUUCAAAUUGAAAAUGAAAAUAUCAAGGAUUUAGAUUUAAUUACAAAAAACAUGGCUACAAAUACUGCAGCUUGGGCCACUUUUUCUGUAGCUACACCGCAAUUUAACCAGGUGUUUAAUUACGUCAAUCACACAGAUACAAUCCAUCUUCCACCGAAUCAAAAGUGUAUUUUUGUGCUUGCUUUCCUCCCGCUCAUCCAAAAUACUUGCACCUUUACAGAAAUCACUGGCUCUGUUUUAUUUACAUCUAAUACUUAUACAUUAAGUGCGGAUUUCUAUGCAACUGCUUGUCAGUCUAUUCUCGCUGCGGAUGAAUUGGAUAGCGGUCUCAUAUUCGAAGAUAGUCUGGUGGGAGAAAGCUAUAUCAAGGACAUCACCAUACGUAAUCAAUCUGCUAUCGAUCUCCACUGGAGAUUAAACACAUUAGAUUUGAUGUUUGUAAAGAAUAAAUCUUUAUCAGUAUCUAAUCCAGUGUUUGAUUGGUUACAAUUUGUUGAUGCAUCAUCCUUUAUCACAUUAGAUAAUGACGAUUUAAAUCCAAUCUUGCCCUUCUCGCAUUACACAUUUCGAGUCAUAUUUACUCCCAAGGAUAUCGGCAAAUUCAAUUAUGACCUUCAAAUUGAAAACACAAAUGAUGUUCGAAAUAUAAUUCAGACCAAGAUUCAUGCAACCAUGAGAACUAUCAUGCACAAAGAUACAUUAGUCGUUACCAGUGGAAAUAUGCUUGAUUUUGGGGAUUGUAUCUCGGGAUCUUGGACAACACAACACAUCGUCUUGAAAAACAUUAGCGAAUCUUCCAUUGAUAUUCAUUUUGUUACUGAUGAUAAUAUUGAGCUUGGCUUUAAUAUUGUUGCAAAACCAGAUAUGCAAUUUCUAUCUUCUGAAUCAAGUGUUCCUCCUGAUGGUCAUUCUACUUUAUCAACUGAUGCUUCAUUCACUCGUCCUGAAUCUCCAACCACAUCUCAUGAAACAGUUGGCUCUAUUGAAGAAUAUUCGUCUAUCCAUUCCUUUGCCUCCACAGAUGGUGAUAAUAUGAACAUGCUAGCUGCAUUUAACGAGCUGUACUCAAUCAACACCAUUUCCACCACUACUGUUGCUUCAAGUAGGCAAAUUACAUUUUCGACUAUAGAACAAUGUAAUGACAAAAUUGAAGAUAUGCUGCUGAAACCAGGUGUUGAGCAAACUAUUAGCGUAUCCUAUCGACCCCUCAAAGAUGCUCCCUCCAGUGUGAAUGCAGGCCAAUUUCAACGACAGAACUUUAACAUUGUUUUGGAAUACCGGCCUAAUAAAUCCGCUAAACCAAAAGAGCUUAAACUGAUUCAAUGUAAAGCCAAAACAUGUACCUCAUUUGUUAAAGUCACACCGCAGGUGAUUGAUUUCGGAGACACCGAUGUUGGCACACAAAAAUCAAUACCAGUCAAAAUCAUCAACCAAUCGGAUAUUUGCGCUCAUGUCGAAUUAGUCUUUGAGUCCAAGGUACUGAACUGUACUCAAGGCGAACUACUUAUCAAACCCAAAAGUACGGUCGAUUUGAAAUUAGAUAUUUAUCCGCGUAAAGUCAACCAUGCUUACAAAUGGCAGAUCACCCUGAUGAAUUAUUUGAACCGUGACAAUGAUCAGAUUAUAGAAGUCUCGAGUACAAAUGUUGAUAAACAUAGAGUCACUUUUCAUUCAUUGUUUUAUCGAAUUCUGACACCUACAGGAGCAAAUUUUCUGGACUUUGGUCCCAUCGCUUUGAACUCUCCCGCUAUAAGAACCUGCACAUUGGUAAAUAUUAGAGAUGCUUCUCUGUUAUUAGGCAUCUUUACUUCCUCUCAGCAAGAGAUUAUUAUUUAUACCAAAAAGAAAAGAAAUCAUUCCAGAAAAACAUCAGCUAAUCCUUCUGAUAAUCAAAAGAUUGAUUCUACACCUUCUGUAACAGAUACAAUCGUAACUGAAAACCAUCGUACGCGGAUGACACAUACUCAAUACCAUGCAACAGCUUACUUAGAUCUUGCAACAGCUCCACAAGGGCAUAUUUCAUCUAUAAAGUAUAAGCGCAAAAUAGCGAGACAUAUGGCUUCUAGUAAAGGCAGGCUUCAAAAUAAGCUCAGUGUAAAUAAGGACGAUGAUACAACAACAGUAUCAUCCAUAUCAAACAAAAGUCACAAGAUACCAACAUCAGAAGCAGCAAUAAUAACAACAGCAGCAGCAGGAGCAGCAGCAUUGAUAGAAAAAACAUCACAACAACAGUGUAAGCGUUACAAAAAAAAGAAACAACAUCAACAACAGGCGUGCGUGGGAAUCACAGGCACAACAGCGCAGUUAAAAAAAGCUAGAAAAAAGAUUAUAGAUUGGCCAGAUAUAGCAGGAAAAACGCGUGUACCAUUAGAUGAUUUGAUAUCGAUUCUUGAAUAUGGCUCAUUGUCUAGAACCCCAUUGUUUGCAAGGCAACCAUUGGAGGAACAGUUUGUUCGAUAUCAACUUGCCUGGAGAACAGAGUUAAAUCGUUUGAUUCAAAAAGGUGAACUGGUACCUACUUCUCUUUUGCAAUUAAACCCAAACGAGGAAGAAGAUAUCAUCAUUGUAUAUACACCCAUAAGUAGUCAGUCAUUGACUUCCAAGAAUGAUGCUUCCGUCUCCUUUUGCUUACUUGAUUUUGAUCAAUCAGCUAUCCAAACUUCGGAUGAGGAUGAUGAUAUACAACACCGAAGGAGAUAUAAUGGCCUGAUGCCCGUCUUACGUAAGGUAAUCAUUCGAGCCCAAGUCUGCAAGUCUUCCAUGGAACUGGGUCAGAAAAAUAUUAAUUUUGGCAUAGUGGAUCGUGGAGAUAGGCACCACAAAACAAUUGUAUUACAUAAUAAAUCUGAGACACCAUUACUUUACACCAUCAAAAAAUCUGGAUCGAUUGCAUCAGGCGAUAUUCAUCUAGGGGUUGGACGGCACGGUGUGGUUCGAUCGUUUGGUAAACGAGAAAUUGAAUUUAUCUUUAUACCCACUUUACCUGGGUCUUUUAUGGAACAGUUAGAAGUGAUUAAUAUAAGAGACAAGGAAGAUAAAAAUACAAUCUCACUCAAGGCAAUGGUACGCAGGCCAGAAUCAUUUACAAUCAAAUCAUCCGAGCUUAUUUUCAAUUCUUGCACAAGUUGUAAUGUAAAGGAAACAAUUAUUGUAACAAAUACAAGUAAGCAGUCUAGAAUGUUUGAAAUUCGAAUAGAUGCGGACGAUGUACUACAACCACAACAAUUAUUUACAUUUGAAUUUUUUAUUGAUCAUGAACAUCAACAAAGUGAAGGCUUGUUGUUGUCCAAGGAAGAGGAAGAAGAGAUUGAAAAUUUGGAACAGAAAUUAAAGAUUGCGGUGCGAAAGGACCAACCCGAAAAAGUUCAGAAAUACAGAAGGAAAUUAAUCAAGCUUAAAAAGCAAGAGGAGGAAGAUCUAUUCAGCAUGUCGUCCGAAGAGGAGGAAGAAGGAUUUGUGGUGAAACAUGACGAUAGAAAUAUCACUGAGGAGGAUAGUAUUUUGUUUAACUUGGACUCAAAUGCGUCUAAAAGUAUUUCUGUUUGUUUCAAGGCAAAAACAAAUAUUGAGGGACAAAUAUUAAAACAAAUAAAUACGAUUCUUGGCGGGCGCAUUCUGAUCUAUGAACACAAGAACGUUGAUACCCGAAAAUUUAUUGCUUUUUCUGUAAAUCCCUGUACAGAUCACGAAUCGUGCUUACCUUAA